AUGGUAAGGAACUGUGCUGCCCGCCCAAAGGCUAGCUGCCUACAAACCAGCAGGAACUGGAGAAUUCAGAGAGUGGUUUUCCAAACAGCUCCCAUCCUUUUCUUCAGUAUGCUGAUUUCUGAUCUAAUGAACCAGAGAGAAGUAGCAGCAUGGACGUACCAUUUCAGCACACAAGUAUACUCGUGGAACGUUUCCCGGGCGUAUUGCCAGAAGUUUUAUACGGACUUGGUGGCCAUCCAGAACAAAAAUGAAAUCGCUUACCUCAAUGAUGUCAUUCCCCACCACAAAACUUACUAUUGGAUUGGCAUCCGAAAGAUCAAUAACACGUGGACUUGGGUGGGAACCAAAAAGAUUCUCACCAAGGCUGCCGAGAACUGGGCUGACAAUGAACCCAACAACAAGAGGAACAAUCAGGAUUGUGUGGAAAUAUACAUCAAGAGUUCAACAGCCCCCGGCAAGUGGAACGAUGAGCCUUGUGGGAAGAGAAAGCGAGCACUAUGCUAUACAGCCUCCUGCCAUGACAUGUCCUGCUACAGCCAAGGAGAAUGCAUUGAGACAAUUGGGAACUACACUUGCUCCUGCUACCCUGGAUUCUAUGGGCCAGAAUGUGAAUACGUUAGUGAAUGUGGAGCAUUGGACAUACCUCAGCACGGGCUGAUGAACUGCAGCCACCCUCUGGGAGACUUCUCUUUCAACUCACAGUGCAGUUUUCAAUGCACAGAAGGGUACAUGUUGAAAGGACCCAGCAAACUGCAAUGUUUGGCUUCUGGACACUGGACGAAUAAACCCCCACAGUGUGUAGCUAUUACAUGCGAUCCGAUGGAAAGGCCUGUCCACGGCAACAUGGAUUGCUCCUCGUCUCUGCAAGGCUUUCAGUAUGGCAGCAGCUGUAGCUUCAGUUGUGCAGAGGGUUUCUUGCUGAGAGGAGCUGAAACAGCUUGGUGCUCUGACAAGGGACAGUGGACAGCACCUGCCCCCGUGUGUGAAGCUCUGAGGUGCCAAGAUCUUCCAGCUCCCAACAAGGCCCAGAUGAACUGCUCCCAUGUGCAUGGUACCUUCAGGUACCAGUCAGCCUGCAGCUUCACCUGUGACGAAGGCUCACUCCUGGUGGGUGCGAGCAUGCUGCAAUGCUUGGCUACAGGACAUUGGAGUGCUAUGCCACCAGAAUGCCAAGAAGUUACUUGCACACCUUUGCUGAGCCCUCAGAAUGGAAUGGUCACCUGUUUCCAACCUCUUGGGAGUUCCAGCUAUAAAACUACAUGUCAAUUCCGGUGUGAAAAGGGAUUUUCUUUGUCUGGACCAGAAAGGUUGGAUUGUACUUCAUCUGGACACUGGACAGGUUCCUCACCAACAUGUGAAGCCACCAGGUGUCCAGAGCUGUUCCCUCCAGAAGGAGGCACAAUGGAUUGUUUGGACAUCCUCGGAGAAUUCCAUGCCGGGUCUGCCUGCCACUUCUCCUGUAGCAAGGACUUUAAGCUACAAGGGUCCACGGAUGUUGAAUGCACUACUUCUGGAAAAUGGACAGCACCUCCACCCAGCUGUGAAGCCAUAUCACCAGCUCUUCCUUCAGAGGUACGAUGCCCAGCCCUCAUCCCUCCUGAGCAUGGAACAAUGUCCUGCACUCAUCAUCUGGGAGCCUUUGGCUUGAAUACCACUUGCUACUUUGGAUGCAAUGUUGGGUUCACCCUUACCAGAGCCAGCCGUCUCCAGUGCAGACCUUCAGGACAAUGGACAGCAGUAGCUCCAGCCUGCAGAGCUGUCAGAUGCACUGAGCUGCACAUUGUUAUGCCAAUAGUGGUGAACUGUUCCAAUCCCUGGGGAAAUCUCAGCUAUGGGUCCACCUGCACUUUCCAUUGUCCAGAAGGUCAAUUACUUAACGGCUCAGCAAGGACAGCAUGUCAAGAGAAUGGCCACUGGUCUAACACGGUGCCCACCUGCCAAGCGGGACCACUGACCAUCCAGGAAGCUCUGACUUACUUUGGCGGAGCUGUGGCUUCCACAACCGGUCUCUUGAUGGGUGGAACACUCUUGGCUCUGCUAAGGAGACGUUGCAGACAAAAAGAUGAUGGGAAAAACCUGUUAAACCCUCCAAGCCACCUAGGAACACACGGCGUUUUCACAAAUACUGCAUUUGACUCUGGACCUUAA